AUGCGUUCGCGCGGCGACCGGACGGACUACUCGAGCAAUAUUUUGCCGUCUAUAUAUAUCACCGUUUGUUGUAUACGUGAUAACAAUAUAAUAUAAUAAUACAAUUUUCGUACACGACCUGCACACCGGGAGGACCGAGAAUCGAAAAAAAUGAGUGAUAAGACUUCGGAUGACCCGGCUGUCGAGGACACAGUUUGCGGGAUAUGGUUGUUUAAGCCCAAGUGGCUUCAGAUAUUUGCCAGCAAAAAGGUGUAUGUUCUCGUGUACGGGCUGUUGGGGCUCAACCAAUUCAUGUUGUCCUCAUACUUCAACGGUACACUGACUACAAUGGAGAAGAGAUUUAAAUUCUCUAGUCAAAUGAGUGGUAUCAUUUCGAGCACUUGGGAUUUUUUUUCACUUAUAUCGUUCAUGGUGACGGCUCACGUGGCCGGUAAAGGACAUCGGACGCGUUGGUUGGCCAUCGGUUCUUUCUUCGUCGGUCUAUCCUGUUUCGUUCGUCUCCUGCCACACAUCAUUUACGGACCAGGCGAAGAGAUCCUUCAGUACACCGUCGAAUACGGUGACAACGUGAACUCAACUUCUCUGCUAAGUAACAUUUCACGUCAAAACGAAAAAAUCUGCGACGGUAAACCAUUGUAUGAAGACUGCGAUAACGAGCAGUUAUGGAACGUGGCUGCUUUCUUGUUGUGUGCAGCGCACGCGAUGCUAGGCUUGGGUGGUUCGUUAUACUGGACUUGUGGUGCAGCUUACUUGGAUGAUAACGUUCGCAAGAAUUCGGUACCCGUGCUUUUGGCCAUUGUUCAGUGCAUACGGAUGUCGGGUCCUAUGUUGGGAUACAUGCUGUCGGCAUACACCCUGACCAAUUUCAUCGAACCUAAUCUAACACCGACUAUAACCAACGAAGAUCCUAGGUGGAUCGGAGCUUGGUGGAUGGGUUGGACGCCCAUUGGUAUUAUUUGUAUAGCUUUUUCGAUGAUGAUGAUGCUUUUUCCAAGAAUGCUUCCGAGGGCGGCAGCCCGUAAGGUAAAAGAACCGGAAGAGAAAAAAGAACACGUUUUGACCGAUUUUAAAACGUCUUUAAAACGAAUUUUGUCAAACAAAAUACUGGUGUUUAAUUCAGCGAGCAACUCGUUCUUCGUGUUGGGCCUAAUUGGGUAUUGGACGUUCAUGCCUAAGUACAUGGAGACCCAAUUCAGACAGACAGCAGCAAAUUCCAACUUUGCAUCGGGCGCCAUAGGCAUUUUGAGUUCGGGUUUGGGCAUUGUGACGUCCGGCGUGAUCAUAUCGAAAUAUAAACCAUCGCCAAGGUCGCUGGCCAUGUGGAACUUUAUUACAGAGGCUUUAGAGGUGGUUGGUCACUUCGCAUACAUAUUUCUCGGGUGCGCGGCAGAAGAUUUACACGGGCAGUGGAACGAGGACAAAACAUGGAACUUGACCAUGGACUGCAACGUGGGCUGCAACUGCGGGAAAUCGAUGAGCUACAAUCCUGUCUGUUCGUUUGACCGUUCUACCACGUUCUACUCGCCGUGCUACGCGGGAUGUACCCUGGAGACGAUCAUCGACGGUGGCCUAAAGGCCUACAGCAACUGCACCUGUAUCGGUGGCUUGGGCACAGCCACCGAGGGAGUGUGUCCAGUUUCCUGCGGUAACGACUUCAUCAUAUUUCUCGCUCUGAUGGGCGUGAUGCGGUUCUUAUCGUCCACCGGUCGUUCGGGCAACACCAUCAUUCAGUUCAGGUGUGUAAAACAAGAGGACAAGUCACUAUCGUUGGGUUUCUCUGAAGUGGUAAUGGCCAUAGUGGCUUUCAUGCCCGGCCCUAUAUUUUACGGCACGAUUGUCGACGCCACUUGCAUGGUGUGGGGUGGUAAAUGCGGUACCGACGGUAAUUGUUGGCUAUACGACGGUAAGCGGCUGAAGUAUUACUUGAACAUUACUGGAGCUAGUUUUCUGUUGAUCGGUACGAUACUGGACAUUGGUGUUUGGUAUCACGUGAAGGACCUAAAGAUCUACGAUGACAGUCGUGACGAAAAAUCUUGCGAACAGCAAUAAUGACAAAUCGAAAGAACAGCGUUGAUGUGUGUAAUGAGAGUUAAUAUUAUGUUGUCAUAUAAUCCAAUUAUCAAUAUACUGUAUAUUAUUGUUAUUAUUA